GGAAAGCCCUCUUUUUCUUGGACUGCUGACGCGUACAAGAGUCUACGCGCUGCCCUGAAGAGAAGCAGCUUUUUUCCGCCUCCACCAUGUUAUUUUCUGUUUUAGUCUUAGUAACACUGAUUUCAAAGGCUGAGUGUUAUUUUGCUGAGGAAAAGUUCCCGGAGGAGUCGAAGAUGCAGCCUCCCACCGUGGUGAUCGCGAUCAUAGCCAGGAACACCGCUCAUUCCCUGCCUUACUACCUCGGAGCUUUGGAGAGGCUCAACUUCCCCAAAGACCGCAUCUCUGUGUGGGCGGCCACAGAUCACAACUCGGACAACACCACAGCCAUGCUGAGAGAGUGGCUUACUGUCAUGCAGAGCUUUUACCAUUAUGUUGAGUGGAGGCCAAUGGAACAGCCAACGUCUUAUGUGGGAGAGCUGGGUCCAAAGCACUGGCCCAACAGUAGAUAUGAGUAUGUGAUGAAGCUGAAGCAGGCAGCUCUGAACUUUGCCAGAAAGCGUUGGGCCGACUACAUACUGUAUGCUGAUACUGACAACAUCCUCACCAACCCAGAAACCCUCAACCUGCUGAUUGCAGAGAACAAGUCAGUCAUCGCCCCUAUGUUAGAUUCCCAGGGAGCAUACUCCAACUUUUGGUGUGGAAUCACACCACAGGGGUAUUAUCGCCGAACGGCAGAGUACUUCCCAACACGUUACCGUCACAGACAUGGCUGCUUCCCCGUGCCGAUGGUCCACAGCACGCUGCUGCUGGAUCUGCGGAAGGAAGACAUGAAGAAACUGGCUUUCUACCCUCCUCAUAAAGAUUAUUCAUGGCCCUAUGAUGACAUCAUUGUUUUUGCCUUCUCCUGCCGUGCUGCAGAGAUACAGAUGUAUGUGUGCAACAAGGAGCGCUAUGGCUACCUGAACGUUCCGGCCAAACCUUAUUUCACACUGGAGGACGAUCAGCUAAACUUUGUCCACGUCCACCUGGAGUCACUGAUUGAUGGGCCUGCCAUGUAUCCCUCGCGGUAUGUUCACAUGUUCCCGAAGCAGAGAGACCUGAUGGGAUUUGAUGAGAUCUAUCUGAUUAACCUGCGACGCCGACCUGACCGCAGAGACAGGAUGUUGUACUCCCUGAAUGAGCUGGAGGUUGACGUCAAAGUGGUGGAUGCUGUGGAUGGAAACGCACUGAACAGCAGUGACAUUAAGUUCCUGGGUGUGGACCUUCUGCCAGGCUACUAUGACCCUUUCUCUGGACGUACCCUGACCAAGGGAGAGGUGGGCUGCUUCCUCAGCCACUACUACAUCUGGAAGGAGGUUGUGGACAUGCAGAUGGAUAAAGCUCUGAUUUUUGAAGAUGACGUUCGCUUCGAAGCAAACUUCAAGCGCAGAGUGCUCCGGCUAAUGGAGGAGAUAGAGCAGGUGGAGCUGGACUGGGACAUAAUAUACCUUGGCAGGAAGCAGGUGAAUCCUGGGAAGGAGGAGGCGGUGGAGAAUGUUAGGAACCUGGUGGUGGCAGACUAUUCGUACUGGACUCUGUCCUAUGCCAUCUCUCAGCAGGGAGCCCAAAAGCUGCUCAAUGCUGAGCCGCUCUCUAAGAUGCUCCCCGUUGACGAAUUCCUUCCCAUUAUGUAUGACAAACAUCCCAAUGAAGACUACAAAUCCCACUUCCCAAACAGAAACCUGCAAGCCUUUAGCACGCGCCCUCUUCUGGUGCAGCCGUGUCACUACGCCGGUGAUCCUCAGUGGGUGAGCGACACAGAGACCUCCACUCUGUGGGAUGAUGACUCUGUAAGGACUGAUUGGAGGGGCUCCCAUAAAACACUAAAGGGGGCUGCGCCACCACCUGAGAUGCUCUCAGCUUCUUACAGGGACGAACUCUAGUGCGAGGAGGCUGUGGGGUCAGAGAGACAGACCCUGAAAGGACAACUUAAUGACAGAUUUCCUUUCAUUCCAGUGAGUUCGAUGUUUCAGGCAGGCUCAGUUUCCUUUGAGCUGGACAUUUGGAGUUCCCAUUCAUGUUGGAGGUGUGUGGUGCUUGAUAGAUGAUCUUUUUGGUUAUUUAUUGAGGCUCUUUGUAGCAAUACGCUAUAAAGUUAUGCAGAAACUUGCACAACAUGUGUUCCUCAAUCAUUUAUGUGAUUUUUUUAUUUUAAGUUUUUUGUUUGUUUAUUAGCUUUUGUUUACAGAUUUAUUGUUUUCUCUUUAGCAUGCGUGUUAUACAUCAUAUGUUUGAUGUAUGAUGGUGGUGAUUGUACCUGAGCUCAAAGCUUUUGGGGGAUUUCAUCUCUAAGUCUUUGGAAAAGUCAGCUGAUAACCAUAUCCUUUUAGUAUAAAAUGUCUGCAUAAAAAUUUUUCAGUUAUGCUCUCUUCCACUGUGGGAGUGUGACAGAGUGAACUGCAGCUGCGACAAAGCUCUGAUUCUCAAUGUUUCUACAGCAAUGACAGUUUCAAAUCUUCGACAUGUGAUGGUUUAGCAGUUUCAUAAGGUGUUCAGGAUUGUGUUCAUCAAACUAUGUAUUUUUACUCAGAAAACUGAAUGUUACAUUAGAUUAGAUUAGAUUCAACUUUAUUGUCAUUACACAUGUACAGGUACAAGGCCACGAAAAGCAGUUUAGGUCUAACCAGAAGUGCAAAAGCAGCAAGUGCAGGAUAAAUAAUGGUUCCUUAAAUACACGACAUGGGUAUUUCUACUGAAUGAGUAUAGAGAUGAAUACUAUUAUAAAUAAUGAAUACAUGAGACAGUCUUAAAGCAUUUCUUUAAACAAGUAAUGAUUGGAUUGAGCUCUGUGUU